CGGGGUAACCCCAUCCUGAAGUUUAUCCGGAACGUUCCGUGGGAAUUCGGCGACGUGGUCCCGGACUACGUCCUGGGUCAGACGACCUGUGCCCUCUACCUCAGCCUGCGUUACCACUGCCUGAACAGGCAGUACAUCCACCAGCGCCUGCGGGAGCUGGGACAGGCCUACGCACUGAGGGUGCUCCUGGUUCAUGUGGACACGAAAGAUCCACAUCAAGACUUGAAAGACUUGGCGAAGAUUAGUAUUCUGGCUGACUGUACCCUCAUCCUGGCCUGGAGCCCUGAGGAGACGGGGCGAUAUCUCGAAACGUUCAAAGCGUUUGAGAAUAAACCAUCGGAUAUCCUACAGGAGCGGGUGGAUCGUGAUUUCCUGUCCAAGGUGACUGACUGUCUCACCACGGUGAAAUGUGUGAACCGGACGGACUCUGUGACCCUCAUUGACACUUUCAAGUCCCUGAGGGGAGUCGUUGCAGCAUCGAGGGAGGAACUCUCGCUGUGUCCCGGCCUGGGACCCCAGAAGGCCCGGAGAUUGGUCGAGGUAUUCUCCGCCCCCUUCCUGCGUAACCCCAGGGUGGGGUGCGGGCUCCCAGACCCCUGAACACUUGUCGCCUCUUUCCCUCCCCCUCCCGCUCCAGGACACAUCCCAAUAAAGCUCCCCCUGGGAUACGA